UGGCAUCGCGCCUUCGCCGUCCGCUUUGCCGCGUCGAGGCGAAUAGACGUGUAUCGUUUUGGCGCGAAAAUGAUUCCAUACGAUUCCAGAUAUCGUAACCAGAGUUAUACGGUAUUCGAAGUAUAACUGUUAUUUUUAUACUGUGCUUAAAAAUUAACAGUAUUUAUUUAGUGGUCAGUGUUUAAAUAACUAGUGAAGUGUUAAAAAGUUACUGUUACUAUUUUUUUCUCAUUAUCGACUGCACAAUGCAAACCUUUUUGAAUUUAAAUGUUUAUAUUUUGAAAGUGCAUAAUUCGGUACUCUUUAAAACAUGUUGACCGGUUUCUUAGUGUUUUCAUUAAUUUCACUUCAAACCUUUCAAUUUGGUUAUGCCUCCAGCCUGCUAUGUGGGCGCACCAAGGAAGUGGAGGUGGGUAGCAACGUCGGCGCAGGCGCGGCGCUGGCGCUGACCUUACUGCGACCACAAGCAGCUACAACCAGCGGCCCUUGCCAGCUGAAGCUGAACGCACCGGACGCAGCUGCCUUUACCGUCCGGCUUAUUGAUGUCAAGGAAUCUCUGUCUGAUUGGGAGUGGAGUCAGUACGAGGGUCCGGGCGCUCGCAAGUGGAGCGGCCGCAGCGCCCCGGCCCAGGACGCAGUCGACGACAACACUCGCAUCUCAGUCGCAAAUAACACGGACUCUUGUAAACUACUCGUUUAUAUAAGCGACACCAAGACACCGAUAUGGCGUUUGUCCCUGUGCGGAGGAAACGCAGCGGCUGUGGCCGCGAAGGCUGGAACCAAAUUGCUGCCACCAAAGAUAAAGCUAGUAUGGACACCUCCCACAACCACCAACCACCACACGGAGAAACUAAGGCUGGUUGUCACCGCUGUUAAUAGUGGUUCUGUAUGUAACAAUGAAUCUCAGUUCGUGUGCGGCGUCACAAGUCUCUGUAUAUCAUCAUCCUUGGUGUGCGAUGGUGUGAAGCACUGUCCGGGCGGUGAAGACGAAGAUGGCAGUGCAUGUUCACAUCGCAGGGACUCUCCACUGCUGGAGAUGUUGAGACGGUUCGCGGCCAGGAACCAGGAGUUCCUGGGUUUGGACCAGCCAGAUGGUGUGACCAAGCCGUCGGUUAUAAUGAAGAUAACGGAGGGGGAGCAAAAACAGAAUGCGUUUAUGGAGUUUGCAGCGGCCCUGAAGCCUUAUGGACCCUGGAGCUACCUCGUGGUGGGAAUGUUGGUCUGCGCUACCAUACUCAUGUUCUGUCUUGCUUGGGAAUGUUGCUGCAAGCGUUCCAAGCCUUCAGACACUCCUAUCAACAUACCGGCCUCUUGCAUCGACCUGUCACCGACGGUCACGGUCACGGCGUCCUCUCAGCAGCUGUUCGAGCCGGCGCCUUCGCCCCCCGAGUACGAGCCCCCUCCAUCAUACUCCUCUCUCUUCCCACGAGCCUACAAGUCCUCCCCGUCCCCCGUCCCACACUGCUCCCACCAGGAACCCGACUGAAUCGUCCGUAUUCACUCACAUUGACAGAAACACGGAACUGACAGAUGACAUACGGGAUUUCAGUGUUGCCAGAAUGAUUUUUGUUUUGUAUAGAAUUACUCGGAUUAUCGUUCAUUAGUUUCUAAAAAAAAAAUUAUCCAAUCCGACUAACGCUCGACGGAAUCUUAAGGAACUAGGAAUUUAACUAGAAUUAUAUACAGAUUGACUAAGUUUCAACUUUGUUAUGAUGUUUAGAAAAAUCUCGGUUAUUUUUCAUUAUUAUAUUUAAAACAACUUGACAAUGUUUAGAAACUAAGGUAGAAUGACAUAUGAAAAAAACAAUCAGUUCAAAGGCGAUCGACAUCAUCAAAAAUAAAAUACACAUUGAUACAUAAACUCAUUAUAUGCUUCGAAUCUAAUAGUAUCGUGUACAGAGUAUAUCGGGACCAAUAUAUGUAGUUUUUAAGAGUGUGUAGCUGAGUUCAGAGUUGUGUGAUUUGAUAAAACUCAGUUGAUAUUUUACAUCCCUUAUAUAAAACAUGUCACGGAGUGGAACUGAAUUUAUCAUUAUAUUUUAUGCUAGGGUGAUUGGUCGUUCUACUUCUUUAAAUAGACAAUUAAAAAAAUAGUUUUCGUCAUAUAUUUACUUAAAAUCGAUUGAUUCGAAUCAGACAAUGUUAUAAAAUAUAAAAAUUAUCAUAGAAAAAGCUCGCAUGCCCGUCUGAAGUCUCCUGUUGAGGGAUCAGUCUCAACUGUGAAGGUAGAAUGAGAUUUUUUUUUUGUUUUACUUUCGUUUCUACCCUCAAUAAUAUGUUUAAACUAGUCUUAUUGCAAUGUUUUUAUUUGAUAGUUAUUAAUCUUUCUAAGUUUUAGUUUGUAAGACAAAAAUACCUUUUCAAUAAUGUAAAAAGUAAGGUUAUAAAAGAAAAAGUGAUAUAUGUAUUGUAAGUCAUGGAAGGCGUAAUAAAAACAUAUUUAUUUAU